AUGCAUGACGACAAUUCAUCUUGUUUCUAUUUGUCUUGUUAUGUGUUGUUUUAGAAUUUUCCAUGAAAUUUUAAUUUUUUAAUAAAAAAUUUUAAUUUGAUAGUGCAGUAAGCAAAUUAAGUAUUGAACAUGGCCAAUCCUAAGUAUGCUGACCUUCCUGGAAUCGCACAUGACCAGCCUGAUGUAUAUGAGACCAAUGACUUGCCUGAAGCCGAGCAGGGGACCCUGUCGAUGUCGGACGCUCUUGUGGAUCAAUGUGACAGUGUGGAAACGCUGAAAAUCUCUCCGAAUGAUGCCUACACGAAAUUUAAAGGCAAAACUCUUGAUAGCAGAGGUGUAGAUUUUACCGACGGUAUUGGUCGUUCUGGUAAAACUGGUUAUGAUGUCAGAUCAGGUGACUGGGAAAUGAUUGGAGAUCACUCCCAAGAAAAGGAAACUCCUUUGCAGGCAUACAACAGAAUUCAGUUUGAAACAAAACAGCUAUAUGAGCAAGUGAAUGAAAUGAAGGUGUCUUCGGAGAAAGAAAGCGAGUCAUCUCAAGUGCCGCCUGCAGUGCUGCUGCAGCAGAUAGAGCAGCUGCAGAAAGAACUUCAGAAUCUGCACAUGGAGAAGGUCCUGGGCUCGGAGGCCCUCUCAGAAAUGUCCGAUCCCCUCGGUGCCCUACAUAAAAAGCUUAUGGCACAAGUUGAUGCAUUCAAAAAACAACCUGUCCCAGAAAAAAAGACCAAAACUUCUUCGGCUGUCACCGAAGAUACCAUCAAGUAUGAGCUGUACGUGAAGCCUGACCAAUCAAAAUUGGAGCAAGCAUCCAAAUUAGCAAGUCUAGAGCAACGUCUAAGGAAUCUUGAAAGUAUUAUUGGACCAGACAAGAAGAAAAUGUCUUUCCUUACCUCCAACACUGAUGGAAAAAGUGUAACUGCUGCCAUCGGCAUGUUGUCCUCGAAGCUGAACCUGCUGGAUGCGGGCUACCUGGACCAGAUCGAGGGCCGCCUGGUGCUCCUGCACCAGUGCAUGCAACAGGUGGCGGAGAAGAGGCAGCAGAUAGAAGAUGCCGACAAGCAGAACAGGGUUGCCGAGCUCUACGAACUGGCGAAAAAGGUGGACGAGCUCAGCACCAGCCUGCCGCAGGUGGUCGAGAGGCUCGUCUCCCUCAAGGAGCUGCACGAGCAAGCUCUCCAGUUUAGCAAAGCUUUAACUCAAUUGGAUACCACUCAACAACAAAUAGCAAAUUCUUUGAAAGGAAAUGAAGUCCUGUUGAAAGAAGUACAAGCCACCUUUGUGAAGAACACUGAAAUGAUUGAAGCUAAUAUAUCCAGCUUAAAUACUAGAUUAUCUGCUUUAAAAUAAUAAUGGAACUCAUUAGUUUCGCUUUUUAUAGGAUUUUUUUGCAUCUGAUCUGUGAUCACAUUUUUAAAUUUUUCAUUAAUUUAUGUUUGAUUGUAUUUAGCUUUCUAAUUUUAAAUAUGGCUGCUUUUUUCGCGUGCAAGCAAAAUUAUA